GCCAAGGCCAGUAAACCCUAGGCGGCCAUCCCCGAUGCCGUCGAGCUGCUGCUUCGCCUCGCCGCCGGCCGCCAUCCGCAUCCUACGCCGCCGCAUGGCCUCCGCGCCUCCUCGCGCCUUCCAGCUCCGCCUCAACCCGCUCACCGGCGACUCCGAAUGGCUCGUCGUCGACGACGAGGACCCCACACCGCCGCCGAGGCACCUUCUCUCCACCACCUCCUACCUCGACAUGCUCAACGACACCGCCCGGAACCGCGCAUACCGCCGCGCCAUCGACGCCGCCGUCACCGACCCUUUCUCGCGCGUCCUCGACAUCGGAGCUGGGACUGGGUUGCUAUCCAUGAUGGCCGCACGAGCUUUGGCAGCUGCUGGAGGUGAAACUAGAGGAAGCGUUUCAGCAUGUGAAUCCUACCUUCCAAUGGGAAAGUUGAUGCGAAAGGUACUGAGAGCAAAUGGGAUGGAAAAUAGGGUUAAAGUCUUUCACAAGCGUUCAGAUGAGCUCAAAGUUGGAGAUGACAUGGAUUCACCAGCUGAUAUAUUGGUGAGUGAAAUUCUUGAUUCUGAGCUGUUGGGUGAGGGUCUGAUACCUACUUUACAGCAAGCACAUGACAUGUUAUUGACAACAAAUCCAAAGAUAGUUCCUUAUCGAGCCACUACAUAUGGGCAGCUAGUCGAAAGUACAUUCUUGUGGAAGCUACAUGAUUUGCACAACAAUGAAGCAAACGCUGCGGAUGGUGUAUGGCUUACUCCUGGAGGGAUGGAAAGGAUUGUGUCUGUGAAGCUACAGAAACAUGCAAUGCAAUGUGAUGCACUGGAAGAUGAGAUACGAUUGCUGUCAGAACCCUUCAAAGUUUUUGAAUUUGACUUUUGGAAACGGCCAGAUAGUCAUCGUGAGACCAAUAUCAAGAUACGGACAACACAAGAUGGACAUGUUCAUGCUAUUAUUUCAUGGUGGGUACUUCAAUUGGAUUCUGCUGGGUCAAUCUUCUACUCAACUGCUCCUAGAUGGGCGAGACAAUCAAGUACUGAGGAUGUACAGCAUGACAUGAAGGAUUGGUGUGAUCACUGGAAGCACUGUGUAUGGUUUACACAAGGAAAGGGGAUUCCUGCUACAGAAGACCAAGUUCUUUCACUACGAGCUAGACAUAACCAAACUAGCAUCUCCUAUCAGCUGAACAUUGACGAUGAAGCAUGUGAUAGAGGUUUCCAAGGUGACCAUCUAACGUUGUUGCCAGAACGGAUUGCACUUUAUGGUGAUAAAGAUUGGAGAUCAGCUCUGAUAAAUACCAUUAGAAAUGCUUUGACUGUGAAAUGUUCCCCAACCUGUGUUGUGGCUGAUGACAGCCUGUUCUUAGCUCUCUUAAUUUCUUCAAUCUCACCCACUUCAAAAGUCAUCGCGAUGUAUCCUGGUCUACGGGACAAGGGUGCAACCUAUCUUCGAGCUGUUGCAGAUGCAAAUAAUAUUUCCAUAGACAAGAUUCAAGUGAUUGGUAAAAGAGCCUCGUCUCUUUCUGCUGAUGACCUGAAACAUAAAAAGGUUAAUUUAUUAGUGGGGGAACCAUUUUAUUAUGGAAGUGAAGGAAUGCUUCCGUGGCAAAAUCUACGUUUCUGGAAUGUGAGAACUCUACUUGACUCGAUGUUAUCUGAGGAUGCAUUCAUCAUGCCAUGUAAAGGAAUACUAAGACUAUGUGCAAUGUCACUUCCGGACUUAUGGAGGAGCCGAUGCAACCUUAAAGAUGUAGAGGGCUUUGAUCAUUCAGUUGUCAAUGAGACUUUAGGAGCCUGCGGUGACUUGCCUGAUGACCAGCAAGGUCCUUGUCUGCCUUAUUAUGUAUGGCAGUGUGGUUAUAGCAAGAAAUUAAGUGAAGUGUACUCUCUGAUGGAUUUCAACUUCUCUGAGCCAAUCCAUUCCUGUUUUGGGAAAACAAAGAUUGAGUUCUCGCAUGAUGGAACAUGCCAUGGCUUUGCAGUUUGGAUUGAUUGGGUUCUUGAUGAGAAAAAAUCCGUCGUGUUAACCACUGGACCAGAUAACCGAUACUGGAAACAAGGAGUGCAGCUGUUUAGCAAACCUGUAGAGGUAAAUCCAGGCAAGUCUGCGAUGCAUGUGGAGGCGUCCUUCGAUCCUUCCACUGGUGAGCUUACGUUCAGCACUUCAUCAGCAUCAAUAUGCAGUUGAUGCUACGCCCAUCUACUUUGUGUAACGUGCCCCUAUGCAACAUGUACAAAAGUAUGCUCGCGAUCGGGAUAAUUGUUUGUUGUUUUUAUUCCGCAGAUAGAUAGUAUUCGGCGCAGUGAUCGUUUGUGCGUACGCAGCACAAAACGUGACACUACUGACUUUCUCGUUGAUGCCGAUCAUAUCGUUCGUGGUGUACUGCCUUUACGAGGAUCCAACCAACCUGAACAUUUACAGGCCUACCUUACGCCCAUCUACAGCCUAGCAGAUCGUGAUGCCUUGUGCCAGCCCAUUAACACAUCUAACCUGCGGCCUAAUAACAGCCCACUGCCAUCUGGCGAACAUGGUCCCAAUAACUCUGUCCUUUUGAUGUUAUUUUGACUAAAC